UGGACAUCGCCAGCUGUAACAUGCAAUUACGAUGUGGUUGCAGUUGGUGUAGUUUCAUGGUAGCUUAAAUUGCCUGGAUCUUUAACAGUAGUGUGACUGACUACAAAGCGAACGUUAACGUUAAACGACAUUUCUACCAAUUUACUCGGCCACUAAAAAUAAGUCGACUCCAUACCCCCUUCCCUGACAUCCCUGCGGCUUUUGGUUCCUCCUCUGCGGCUGAUGACUGCUUUCAUGUGGCAAGUUGCACACAAGCAGAAUGUUGAGCAUUAUGAGAAGCUGGAGAGCUUCGUCUGCCUGGUGACAAAGAUGGUCCCAGACCUUCUUAGCCACAGACAGAAAGCCACUCUGGUUAUGGGACUACGUGCGAAGGUGAUGUUAGAGAUGUGUAGAGGCGAUCUGCAUGUUGAUUCACAGACUCUUAAAACUCAUCUAAUUCAAAUUCAAUCUGCUCAUCUUACCAAGUCUAGACUUUCAGAAAUUGAUAAUUUGCAAAGAAACUUAUCCAGUCUUAUUUUAAAAUUGCUGGAAGAUCCAGUUAAAAGGGAAGACUUUUUCCAGAGGGUGUAUCCUGUGGAGUAUGGGCCUGAUUUUGACAAAGCUCUCCAGGUUCUUGUUUGUCAAUUCAUUUCAAGGUUGGAACAGAUUCUCCCAAUACCAAAUUUUAAACAAGUUGCCUCCUGUAUUAGCAGUCCCUUGCUCUGGGAAGAAUGUAAGCAGUAUACCGAUGAGACAGAGGGCCUUCAGGGCCUCCUGCAGGACAACUGCCACAGGCCUUCGGAUGACAAUGGUCUUCCCUCAAUAGUGGAGGAUAGAAUCAUCUUGUCCUUGUCACUAGCACACACAGAUUAUUCACUCAGCAGCCAUAAAAAGGAGCCCAGUUUGGACCUACAGAGCUCCUCCUCUCAGACACACCAAGACAACCCAAAGAGACAGGGGUUUCACCAGCAGAGGUGCCACGAAGAUGACCCAACAUUAAGUGUGGAAGAAGAGGAACAUGGAAUGUCCAGCGAGCAGUUUGAAGUUGACCAUGACGAUGACGUGGAGAUUGAACUUGAUCUGAGUGAGUGUGAGGUAAGGGAGAAGAGGAUUACAGAAGACACCAGUCUGUCAGACUCUGAACAUAACUGUGGAAUAUCAAAAGGAGUACCUCUGACAGCUUCAACAGACAUGGCUGAUUUGGAAGACAUUGCUGUAGAGAAACGGACCCUUCCUGACACCUCUGGACACAGCCACAGUGAGUCAUUCUCGGAAAAGGCUCUAAAGGAGACCACUGUGCCUUUAGAAGAGUUCUGUGGGACUUUUCCAGUCAACGGAAGUGAUCAGAUGUUGCAGGAGGCCCCAGCUGGGACUCAUCCUGGCAAGAAAGUUAUCCUGAAUGCCAACCUAAGAGCACCAACCGAAAAGUCAUCCCAGCAAAUAGGUCCCCUGGUGCUCUCAGACAUUUCCAACAACAACCAGGAUCAUGGGGAUGGAACUGUAGAAGAAGGGCUCUUGCAGGAUGCAGCUAACUCCCAAGACGGGCCUCCCACAAGGACUAGCGUCUCUUCAGCAGCACCUGCCAAGAGACUUGUGUCUCAGCGGGCUAAAAAGAAGUGCUCUCACUGUGACCGGUGCUUCACCCACUAUUCUACCCUGCUGAUGCACCAGCGCUGCCACAGCAGGAACACAACCUACCAGUGCUCCCAGUGUGGACUGAAGUUCCAAAAUGCCUCACUCCUCGCUGUCCACAAACUGAAACACGUGAAAGGUCCACUCACCUACGUAUGCACAACUUGUGGGUUAAAAUUAGGCUCUGUGAGCAGUUGGCGACAGCACCAGAAAGCACACAGAGGUGGAGCACAUCGGUGCGCUGUCUGUGACCGUACGUUUGAGCGUCUCUCCGGCUUAAUGAGUCACAUGCGGACCCAUCGUGAAGAUUCAUCUGCUCCUUCUUCAUCUGCUCCAUCUUCGUCAGUGGAUUCAUCUGCUCCAGCUUCAUCUGAUCCAUCGUCGUCAGUGGAUUCUUCUGCUCCAUCUUCGUCAGUGGAUUUAUCUGCUCCAUCUUCGUCAGUGGAUUCAUCUGCUCCAUCUUGCUUUCAAGAGACACCAAAGGAAACCGAGGUGGCUGUGGCACAGCUCGGUCCAGCUGAGUGUAAAUUCUGCGGAAUGCAUUUCUCUUCCCUGCUGGAGUUUGAGAGCCACCUGAUGACGCACAAAGGAAUUCGGCCCUACCUUUGCAACCAAUGUGAUAAAAGCUUUGCGACCAAACAAGGCCUUCUGGGCCAUUUGUCCCACCACAUGACGGAUAAGCCAUUCCUUUGUGAGGUCUGUGGCAAGAAUUUCGGCACUCCUACCCAUCUCAAAUCUCACCUGAGGGGAUCACACCCCACUCAACAGCACAUCUGCCCGUACUGUGGUAAAUUGUACAGCCAGAGGGGAAACCUCAACACUCAUAUUCGCACCCAUACUGGAGAGAGACCCUUCCUCUGCUCCACGUGUGGGAAAGGCUACAUAUCUGCGGGCGACCUAAAGGUGCACAUGCGCGUCCAUACGGGUGAGAGGCCGUUCAAAUGUGAAAUUUGUGACCGAGGGUUUAUCACCUCCAGUCAUCGCUUGAUCCAUCUACGAUUACACACUGGUGAACGGCCUUUUUCUUGCACUGCGUGCGGGAGAGGUUUUGCACGGAGAGAGUGUUACAAAAAGCAUAUGAGGAUUCACACAGGGGAAACGCCCUACAAAUGCCCAAAUUGUCCCAAGAGUUUCCCUCGGACUUCAUAUCUGAAAAGACAUAGAGAGAAGCAUUGCAAAAAUAAGUGAACUUGAGGAAAGUUUAUGUGAACAGAAAGUUUGGGCAACGUUGUUCAAAAUGGCAUGCUACUUGUGAAAAAUAAAAUCUGUUAAAUGUUUUAUUUCUGUUUUUGGCUGUGUAAUUUGAAUCCUGUGAGUAACAGU